CAUGCUGUUUGUAAAUUACGUUGUGAUACAGGGCAUGUUUGAUACUGGGUGCAUGAAAAAAAAAUUCGCUGGAAACACGACGCUUUGCAAGCCAGGCUGUCACGUAUAAAGCUACAAGAUUUGAUACUUGAUUACCUGUUGUACUGCGGGUCUACGUAGCUUUACUGGUAAUAUUCGGAAUUUUUCCAGUGCAAAAGCAAUUCGAUAGCAAGCCUCAGAGAUCAUUGCUUCUAAACAAUUGUAUUGAAGGAUGGCAGGAAGUUACUUUUUAACUCUUCUUCAUUCAGAAAUGGAAGUAUUUUUGGCCCUCCUCGUCGUCUUGGUGGCCAGCGUGGUCUUCAUGGUCGUGCGAUGGGCGGUCAACAGGCACGAUCGCCUGAAGGUUUUCAAGAGGUACGGCAUCCCGGGUCCGGAACCGGAUUUCCUCUCCGGUAACAUGAAUCAGCUGAAGAGUGCGCCCACACCCAACGACAUCAUCACCUCCUGGCUGGGGAAGUACGGAAACGUUUUUGGAUAUUAUGUGGGGGAAAUUCCGUAUAUUGUGGUAAAUGACCUAGAAAUGCUGAAACAGGUGUUCAUAAAGGAUUCUAACGUGUUUAUCAAUCGCCCCGCCAUGUUCCUGGAUGUGGCACCCUUGAACAAAACGAUACUUGCUUUGAAAGACAAACGCUGGAAGGAAGUGCGAUCCCUCCUGACUCCGACUUUCAGUUCCGGCAAGAUCAAGCUUAUGACUCAGAUAGUGAGCAAGAAAGUCGAUGUCACGGUCCGUGUAGUCGAGAAGCAUGCUGAGAAGGAUGAAAUAUUCGACAUGUACGAGCUCGUCCAGGGCCUUACGUUGGAUGUCAUCGCUGAUUGCGCUCUGGCGAUGAAAUCGCACUGCCAAGAAAAUCCGCAAGACAUUUUCCUCGUAGCAGUGCGUGAUUUCUUCCGCUACGCCAACAAUCGAGCUGUGGAAUAUGCGAUCAUGUUCCCUUUUGUGGCAACCGUUAUGAGCUUCAUCAGCAACUACUUGACAGCAGGACAGAUGACCAACCUCAUCGUGGACAGUGUGAAGAGAGCCAUUGCUGAGAGAAGGCAGAAGCCUGAUGUCCGCAGUAUGGAUAUUUUGCAACUGAUGCUAGAUCACAAAGGAAAUGAUGGAACCGGAUCCCCAGGACUAACAGAUGAAGAGAUAAUCGCCAACGCUUACAUUUUCCUACUGGCUGGAUAUGAAACAACAGCCACCGCCUUGGCCUUCACUUUCUACUUGCUCGUCAAACACCCGGAGAUUCAGGAUCGGCUCUACAAGGAGAUUGAAAAUAUCACAGACGAUUUUGAAAAAGAUACAGAUAAUGCUUAUUCCACGGUUCAGAAUCAUCAGUAUCUUGACCAAGUCUUCAGCGAGUCCCUCCGCUUUUAUCCUCCAGUCACAGGAUUCGUGUCCAGGUUGUGUAGCGAGGACCACAGAGUUGGAACGGUGAUUAUUCCGAAGGGAGCCACGGUAUUGGCUCCUGUGUGGGACAUCCACCACGAUCCUGAGCUGUGGCCAAACCCUUGGGAGUUCGAUCCAGAGCGCUUCUCGCCGGAAAACAAGACGAACCUGAACAGCGCGGCUUACAUGCCUUUUGGAAUAGGCAAAAGAAACUGCAUCGGUGCGAGAUUCGCGCAGUUGGAAGCGAAGCUGGCCAUAUUUAGAUUGGUGAAGAAGUUCAAAUUCGAGGCCUGCGAGAAGACCGACGAUCCUCUGCCUCUGAUAUGCCACACUGUCAUCAUCAACCCAGCCAAAGGUGUCUAUCUUAAGGCUGUUCCACGAGUUUCCUGAAGCUGAGACUCUCACUGUUAUGUAAUGUUCAUUUUGAAAAUAGGCGCCAAUAAUUUAUGUACAGUAUUCUGCAAAAUAAACUUUUUGGUUUUCA